GGCACCACUAGAUAUCAUGAAGGCUACUUUGUGCGUACUCCUCCUGGCCGCGGCCGCAGUCUACGGCGCAGAAGAGAAGAAGAACGAGAAGCGGGGCCUGCUCGGGCUCGGCUACGGUGGCCUGGGCUGGUCGGGCGGCCUGGGCCACGGGCUGGGCCUGUACGGCGGCCACGGCCUGGGGCUCUACGGCGGACACGGCCUGAGCUACGCCGCCGCCCCCAUCGUCAGCCACAGCGUGGCCAUCCCCGCCCCCGUGAUCAGCCACAGCAUCGCUGCCGCGCCCAUCAUCGACCACGGUCUGAUCGGUGGCCACGGCCUCAUCGGUGGCCACGGCCUGGUCGGAGCACCUCUCCUCGGUCUCGGCCAUGGCUGGCAUUGAGCCUUAACACAGUAUAAUUGUCUAUAGUCUGUAAUGUCUGUGUAUAUGUAAAGGUGGAGAAUCAAUCGAUUGUACGUGGUACCCGUUUCUGCUGCGUGGGUCUUUCAGUGCCAAAUUAAAAGUAUUCUCGCCGUCGAU